AUGGAGACGGGCGGGUGCCGCAUGGGCGGUGCGGGGCCCGGCGGCCCCGGCGCGAUCACGCUGGAGGAGCUGGACGGGCUGGCCGAGGAGAGCCCCGACUCGGCGUACCACAGCCACGGCAGCAGCCUGGAGGAGGAGGCGGCCGAGCGCAUGGACGACGAGGAGCAGGAGCGGCUGCUGAGCUACUGGCAGAGCGUGGGCCGGGGGCACCAGGUGGACGUGCCCCGAGACAUGGCAGAGCCCAUCCAGCAGCUGACCAGGAAUAACAACCCCCAGGAGAGGCAGAGCAUCCCCUUCACCCUGAUCCAGCGCAAGGAGAAGCUGGGAGACCUGCUCUAUGAGAAAAGGCAGUAUGGGAAAGCCAAGUGGGCUUGUAUCAAGAUGAAAGAGAAGCAGUAUGAGCAGAGCAUCUGCCUCGGGUUCAUGAAGCUCAUGAGGUACAUCUGUGAGCAGAACUCCUCAGGGCUGUACCUGGGCAUCACCGUGCCCAUCGUGACCAUCGUGCACACCAACGAGGCGCAGUCGGCGAUGACACAGGCCGUGACAGUGGCCUACUACCUGCCCGAGGUGCUGCAGGACGAGCCCCCACACCCCUUCGACUCUGACAUCAUCAUCGAGGAGUGGCCUGCCACCAUCGUCUACAGCAGGAGCUUCCGAGGGAUCACCAACGAGGACUCCAUCAUGAGGGAGAUCAACCUGCUGGCAGCCAUCCUGGAGAGCCCCGAGCUGUGCCUGCGGGACACGUUCAUCAUCGCCGGCUACACCAACCCCGCGGCCGCCAACCGCCACAACGAGAUCUGGUUCCUGCAGCGGCCCUGAGCUCCUGCUGCUGCUGCUGCUGCUGCCCUCGGAGCCUCCUGCUGCUGCUGCUGCUGCCCCCAGAGCCUCCUCCCCUCACAGGUGACCCCAGCUGUCCCCUGUCACAGGUCAGCACUGGGCAUCUCAGCUGGGUUCGGGGCAGCCAGCCCAGCUCAGCUCCCCAGGCACAGACGCCUAUGGUAACUCUCACUAAUUUCAUGGAGGGUUUUAGCACUUUAAAGUUAGUUCACCUUUUCUAUCUUAUUGACCAGGUAAGGGAGGCAGAAACCUCUUCCCUUCCACAUCCCCAGCCUGCCUGUGGCUCGGGAUGGUCCCUGGGGACAUCCUGGAGCCCUGGUCUGCUCCAGUGCUGCACAAAGACCCCGCUGGGGCUCUCAGUGUGACACACCAAACCCACCUCACACAGGCACAGCAAGAAUGUCCAGGUCUCAGUUCCUGAGGAGAACUACCAGGUUUAGCCCACUGGGAUAGAGCAUGGAGUAGGAACAGGCCAAUGCCAACAGCUGUGGCACAGAGAUCCCCAAAGCUUACCUCAGAAAGCUCCCAACCAAAGCACCCGGGUCUGCAGAGAGACCAAAACUCCUAUUGCUCACUCAAGUGUUGACAGCAAAAUUACAGGUUAUCCUCAUCAAAAUUACAGGUUAUCCUCAUCAAAAUUACAGGUUAUCCUCAUCACAGCCCCCAGGAACCCCAUGGCUGGCUCUGGCACUUCUAAGGAGACACUGGUGAUUUGGAACUGCAGUUUUCUGAGCAGUUUGUCCUCACAGCUUUGCUGGGUGCUAAAGCACUGCAGCUGGAGUAAACUGUUCAGCACUUCUGGCUGUUAAUGGCAUAAAUGACACAAAUAACCACAGAGAACAUCUCAGAUGGGAGUGACCUGGGGCAGACAGCUCUGCUGAGAGCAGGGCUGCAGCUCCAGGCAGCACAGCUGGGUUUGAGCAUCCCAGGGACAGGGAGCCCCCAGCCCCUCUGGGCCCUGUCCCAGUGUCUGACCACCCUCACUGUGAGAGAUUUUUCUCCCUAAUAUCAAUUUGUUGUUUGUUUUGCCCUCACCCCUGUGCUAAGCCCUCAGCUGGCAGCCUGGCUCUCUGCAGAGGCUGAGCUCCCACACUGCAGAGCCCCCAGAAGGUCUGGGAGCAGCAUUGCCACUGUUCCCCACAGCCCAGGAGCACCCACUGCACUUUAGAGUCAGGGUGGCAAACAAUCCUGCUCUCCAAAAUCCCUCCUAAUGUCUCCCCUUACUGAUGUGAUGGUAGAGUUUAUUCUUAUAGAAGUAAAUAAUUUUAUAUAAAAUUCACUGAGUACAUCACCAGCAUUAUUCAUUGGUCACAGGAUUUAGGGUUCCAACAGAGCCUCUGUGCUCUUUAAUUCCAACACACAGAGCAGCAACCAGAGCCAGGGGCUGCUAACUCACAGCAGGGUGGGAAAACACCCCCAAACAUGGAUUUGUGGAGGACUUCUGAAAGAGCCCAAAGGCUCCUGGUCCCACAGGGAGGGAGGGCUCUGUGCUCAGCCCAAAACCUCCUCCUGAGCAGCAGGAUCAGAGUGGCCUUGGUUUAAGCAGGACCACGGUGCCCUCUGGUGCCUGCUGGGCACAGAGAUUCCCUGGGAAGCAGCAAGGAGAGGGGGAAAAGGAAACAGAAAAUGAAGAGACACAAAAGUCUUAGUUUUAGCACAAAAAUACCCAAGAGUUUUUAUGGAGAGGGGAGAAAAAGACCAAACAAACUAAAAUGCAAUACAGUGUCCCAGCCUGAGAGAAGGAAAAUUAAAAAUGCCAGCCAGUAUUAAACUAGAGGCUCUUAAUUAAAGAGAAACAGAGAAAGUAUUUUUAAAAUUGAGUUGACUAGAGGGCCGAGGGAGGCAUUAAAUAAAAGGUUUUGUUCUCAUAUCCUCCCCCAGAUUUUUGUAAGAGCACAUAGAAGUAAUUUUCACCUCUGACAAGAUUUUAUGGCAAAUUAAAGAAAUUUCUGCCAUCUGAAUUCUUUUGCCAGUGAGGGAAAUUCUCCUUAUGCUUUGGCACAACAGAUGUUGGAUAGCUCCUGGAAGCAGUGAAAUCCUCUCUCUCACCACAGAGCACCAGUUUGUACAUAAUUCACAUUUUAAGCCUCUCCUGCAAAAGCCUCUGUUGUGUCUGAUGUCCCUGCCAACCCCUCCUGUGGCUCAGUUCACCGUGGGUGAUGUUCUAGAAACAUCCUGGAGCACGAGCAGAUCUGUCUGAGUGUGCUGACAUCCCACCUGCAGCCCAGCUCUCCCUGCUCUUUAUGGCAAACUGUGAAUCCCCAGGUAGUAUUUAUUUAUUUUCACUUCUGUUAGAUGGCUUCUGCUGCUGAGAAAAAACAAAAACCCAAAAAAAAGCAAACAAAACACCUACUUCAGCUCCAGUUUGGAGAUACACUUUAUGGCUUGGUACCAACAGCUGCCACUGGCCCUUGGGAGCACAGGGACCAACAGCUCCAGUGUUUAGCUGACACAGAACCCAGUUUAUUCAGUUGUUACACCUCUGAAUGCCAAGCAAACAUGACUGCUACUCAGAUCUGACACACCAUGUCAGGCAUGACUGCCUAGAACAGGUAUUUUGUUAUCCACCCGUGGCUCUGCUUUGGAGCCACUUGUGGAUUUUCAGUUUUAAUGUGCAGUUAUUAGCUUUCCACUCAUGAAAGGAGAUAAUACAUCAGCAUUCACCCCUAUUUUUGGAAGAUUAAAAUAUGUAGCCUUAACAGAUAAGUGUUGUCCUGCAUACUGUGUAUUUUCCAAACCAGAGUUAGUGCCUAAAAAGUUGAUUCCAGCUAUUGUGAUACUCAGGGCCUUGCUUAUUGUACGUAAAGACAUCUCCACAGAGUUGCUCUGGCAUUGUUGUGCUGUGCUGUCUGACACUGUCCUUUGCUCACACUGAAAUGUUGUCUUGUUUACUGUUUGGCACAAUUAAAGAAUGGUUUUACUGUGCACAGGA